AUGCAGAAGAAGUUUUCAGAUGAACCAAAGAACUUUGAAAUUUAUGAAAGACGACUCGAGACUUUACCAACUGGCAACAAAAUAAAUACUGAAAAUGAAAACAAUGUUCAAAUUGAUAGGAUGACAGCAAGAGAGAAAAAGAAGAAGCAUGUAAAGCAAUACCUCCUGAUCAUCCAAGCAGAGCAAUCGCUGAUGUAG